UUAUGUAAAUCGUUUACGAUUACUUUUUAAGUUGUUCGUCUUACAGAUCCAUGCUUAUACAUUCUACGUUUUGCGGCAAAGUUGGAAUUCGAAGGAAAAACGCAGGAAGUUGCAAACACAGCCCUUAGAUUAGUACAAAGGAUGAAGAGAGAUUCAAUACAUUCAGGUAGAAGACCAUCUGGUCUUUGUGGUGCAGCAUUACUAAUGGCGGCUCGUCUACAUAAUUUUAAUCGAACCCCGGUGGACAUUGUCAAAAUUGUCAAAAUUCACGAAUCAACUUUACGUAAAAGAUUAAUGGAAUUUGGCGAUACUCCCAGUAGCGCGUUGACAUUAGACGAGUUCAUGACUGUUGAUUUGGAGGAAGAACAGGAUCCGCCAUCUUUUAAAGCAGCUAGGAAGAAGGACAAAGAGCGUUUACAAAAAUUAAUGGAGGAAGAAGCCGAUCACAUAACAGAACUACAAAAAGACAUUGAGUCACAGCUAGAUACAAAUUAUAAACGAAGUAGUAAAGUGCACAAUUCAAAAUCUAGCAAAGAAUGUAGUGAUGAAAGUAGAUUUAUAAAAGAAUCCACCUUAGGAGUAAUAGGUCAACUAUUAAAUGAAGAAUUGGAAGACGAUCCUGAUAAUUUGGAAAGUCAAAAAUCAAAAGAACUUGGUCCAGACAUAGCCAGUAUGGGUCUUGCCAAUUCUUUGGAGGAUGUUACCAAUGCAGCCCCAACCAAUCCCACCAUAGAAGUAAAUCUAACAUUUGAUGAUAUCGACGACAAUGAGUUGGAUGCUUACAUUAUGAGCGAAGAUGAAAUGAAACAUAAAAAUGGAUUAUGGUUAGAAGAAAACGCUACCUAUUUGGAGCUAUUAAAAGUUAAGGAAGAAAAAAUUGCAAAAGAGAAAGAAGAAGGAAAACCCGAAAAAAAGAAACGCAGAACAACUCGUAAGAAACAAAAUUUAGGUCCAGCGAAUUCCGCGGGUGAAGCUAUAGAGAAAAUGUUACAGGAAAAAAAAGUAUCGUCAAAGAUUAAUUAUGAAGUAUUGAAGAGUCUGACAGCUUCUAAAUCUGAGGAGCAGUCAAACGAGAAGGAAGCAACUAUAGAUAUUGAUCAAAUUGCUUCCACCUCUCUACCGGAUGUCCCUAGCGCUACUCCUAAACCACGAAAAACGAAACCUUCCGUUAAAAUUAAUUCUAGAAACUCCAAAAUUAAAGCACCUGCCGUUGGUUUACCAUUUGUGGAAAAAGCGGAAACUGUAACAGUUAAUGAAGUUCCAGAGGAACCAAAAGACAUGGACACAACGCAAGAUGACUAUUUCGACGAUGAUGAUGAGGAGGAGACAAGUGCUGUAGAACCUGAAAUGGGCGUGUAUCAGAUGUUGAGGCAACAUCAACAAAAUGGUGCAGAGGAAGGAGAAGACUUGUAUGGAAUGGACUAUGAGGAAGAAGAUUAUUAAUGUGAUGAUUAAACAAUUUUAUUUAUUUAUUUAAUAUACCUUUAGAUCAUGACUAUCUGUAAGAAUUUAAUUGCGAAUACUUGUUAUCUCUAUUUAUAUUAGCCAAAAUAAAUAUUGAAGUGCAAA